GUUUCAUAGAGGUACACAUAUGGAGUUUUUCAAAAGAGCCAGAGCAGUACGCUUCCGGAGCCACCACGACAAAUAUCUGUUAGCAGACGAGGAUCAAGAGACUGUAUUCCAAGAUCGCGAUGGCACGGUGAAGAAUGCCAAAUGGACGGUGGAGCUUGUCGAAAAUGCAAACACUUUACGGUUCAAAAGCUGUUAUGGCAAGUACUUAACAGCCUCUAGCUUGCCAUUCCGUCUUGGAUUGCGAGGCAAGAAAGUUCUGCAAACCCUGCCAAAGAGAUUAGAUUCGUCCCUGGAAUGGGAACCUAUAAAAGAAGGACACCAGGUCCGGCUCAAGACGCCCUAUGGUCAGUUCUUGCGCGCAAAUGGGGGCGUACCACCUUGGAGAAACUCUGUCACCCAUGAUGUCCCACAUAGAACUGCAUCCCAGGAUUGGGUUCUGUGGGAUGUAGAUGUUACAGAUAUUCGGGUUGAAUCGCCAGAACGUCACCCGGUGGCGAAACCCCCUCCUCCACCACCAGAUGCAUUACUUUCGGAGUCUUCAGCACCUUCAGAACCGACAUCUCCAUCUGAGAUUGACCUUAGAACGCCGAAGGCUUCCAAACGGGAGUCAAGCAAGUCAUUUGAUCAUGAUUCGCCGAAGAAAGAUCCAGGGAGAAUGAUCUACUAUCAUGUGGCUAAUGAGAAAGGAGACGUUGAGGAUUCAUCGGAAGAGUUUUCCUUCCCAUUCAAGGGUAGUGAUGUAGAGGGGUUGAAGCAAAAGUUGAAGGAAGAAACCGGGCUGGAGGAAAUUGAUGUGUGUUCACGCAAUCCUCUGAAUGGACAACUAUAUCCCCUUCGCUUGCAUCUUCCUCCAAACAACCAUGAUAUGCAUAUCGUUGUAGUUCUGUCAUUGUCCGAAGGAAGUGAACUUGACUGAAUUUGCAAAACCUGUUAACAUCAGAUACCGUCUUGUUCAUAUUCUGCACAUUCAGCUCCAUAACUGCUCAAAUUUUUAGAGUACAGAUAGGAAAGGAAGUAGCACUUCAUGCAAAGAAGCAAGGAAAUGUUGUUCGCAGAUUUUUUCAGUAAAUUGGUUCUUCAAUUAUUUCAGGGCCUGAUGGAUUUACUUUAUUCAAUUUUCGAUUUCUUGAUGUAUGAGAACAAAAAACAAGUCUAAUUUAGCAGGGCCAAUUGUAUUUCAACUGUAUGUUUCCUAAUGUGAGGUUGAAGUUUGUAACUGAGAUCAGUAAGUAGAAUACAUAUGCAGCCAAUUCAU